GCUCGAUUGACGGAUUGUCCUUGCAUAGCAUACUAAUGAUUGUGCUUAUCAAUCCUUCAGUACCUUUUCGUGAUUGCCGCUUUGGGUGAAAUGCUCCACGCCCGGCUCCUUCCCGUUUCAGAUGCUCUGCUUGACCGGUGCGAUGCUUCAGACCACAAGCAUUCGACACGAUGAUUAUCUCCCUCAGAAAAUGUCGUCAAUGUAUACAAUCAAUAGCUGCACUUAUAGGCACAUGCUCUCUCAUUUGUUUUGAGAUUCUCGAGCUCCAGCAGCUUCAUCAUUUCUCUUGUGACACCGAGGCCAUCAGCGAGGAUGGCCGACAGCACUAUACCAUCACCUUCGCAGUUGGCGCUCGCGCUAGCCAUCGUCAAGCAGAAGCCGCUCGGAACCAGCAUGAAAGAUUACUUUACUCGCAUUCGACAGUUCAUCAAAGCAGUCACGCCGACAGACCGACCCACAAGCCGAGACCAGUUCUUCGACAGUGUCGCAUUCUGGCAGAAGGCGUACGAGAAAUCCGAAGCCGAACAGAGCAAGCUCCUUGACCGGAUAUACGAGCUGGAACAACGCAAUGAAGUGCUUACCACCCAACCACACGGCUCGAAUGCUGUCUCGAAAGACAUGGUGCAAGAAUCCACGAAGCGGAAAGCAACACUAGAUGCUAGCAUGGCUGGCGCCACUACUUCGAGGAAAAAGCCAAAAUCACAGACACAGUCACAGAGCAGAGCUUGCAUGCUCACUGAGAAUAUCCCCCAUGGGCUAGAGGGCCAGGUACCUGAAUAUCCUGAGGAGCCUACAGCAUCAUUUAUGAGGAGGUUCUACACUCUGCAGAAGUUGUUGCAGCGACGUACCAAUACUCCAGCUAUUGCGCUUGCUGCAGGUGGACUGUGCUCCGUCGCAGAAAACGAUAUACUCCGUGCAGUCCAACCGCAAUUUGGUUCCAGUUCGGAAGGAAGAGAUGCAUCCGUCGUCAAGAAUCCAAGUGUAUCAGCGAUUGUGAAUAGUAUAUAUAGCGCCUAUCAGCUACUGCUUAAAGCAUUGAAGAAGGCCCCUUCAACCGAAUCGGCAGUGCAAGGUCGUGGUCAAAUCAUUUUCCACAUUGUUCAGCUGUCUGAGACAGUUAUCAAAGCGUUGGGCAUCCAGUGCCGAUUCAAUGCUAAGCAGCAACGUUUAUCUGCGGCGUCGGCGGCCAAAUCGAGGUCCUCUGCGAGGUCGAAAAGGUCCAAGACAGGCCAUUCAAAGGAUAAGAUUCCCUCAAGCACGAACGAUGAGGUUGCCCAGCUGAUGAGUCUGCUACUUUGCAGAAUGGCUCUUUCACUGGACAAGACAUGCUCAAAGACCUCAGACCUACGAAGCGGUUUUAGCUACGUGUUGCUCAGCCGUGUUGGCGAGUUACUGUGUUUAUUUGUCUUCAAAGACCUCCAUCUGCGAUCCGAUCUGGAAGGAGACCCUGCCAAUUUGUCACUCCCACAUGGCCUAAAGGAUGUGCAGCUUGACGAGGAAUCCGUCCUAGCUGCUGAGAUAGAGGCCAAACAUCUCAUACCACCCCUCGAAAGAUUGCUCGCCGUACUGAACCCACCAUUGUUGCCUGAGGAGCUCAACCGUGCGGCAGAAACCAAAGGAAGACUGCAAAGCACUCUUCUGCAAGCGGUAUUUGGCCAAGACCCAAAAUUCGGCGAAGCUUUGCGCCCACUCCACCAUGACGAUACUUUGAACAUCUCCUUCAGCACGGCGCCUAUCUCUGAGCAAUCUGUAUCGGAAUGGUUUGUUCAAGAGACUUGGAGACUUCUCGGCUGGGACUUAGUGGCAGGCUCAUCAUUGGGUGGAUGA